UUACAGAUGGGGAAACUGAGGCAUGGGGCGGUUAUGUUGCUUGGCUAAGCGGUCAGGCCCCAGGGGGCUGGAUCUGUGGCUGACACAGCUCCCGGCGCCGGAGAAACUCGGGUGAUUUGCAGGCGUCAAGCGGGGAAGGCGGAGGAAGUUAGGCACACAGAGGCGGGCGGUCAAGGGUAUUGCUGUGUGGCCUUGGGGCAGUGGCUCAGGCUCUCUGAGCCUGUGUCAUUUCUUCAACAAACUGGCAGCCAGCCUAAUACCCGGCGGAUAUGAGGAAACGGUCACACGCUCCCGGCUCAGGGCCUGCCCCGUGGUGCUGAGUCAGCAGCACCCCUGCUCUGGCCCAGGCCCGCGUAGCCCCGGGCUCAGGUGACUGGUGUGGGGGGCAGGGAAGGCGGUCCAGUACUCGCCGUGGCCUCCCUGACCUCUGAGGGCAGCGCAGGCGGAGGGGACUUCUCCCGGGGUGUGAGCUCGCACAAAGAUGGUCUUUGUGGGGGCUCUGGGCUGAGUGGGCACCCAUGGGGCAUUCCUGGUCCAGCUGGCCUGGGGUGGGGGUGCGGGUGGCUUCGACCAGGGCCUGGGGCGAUGGGUGAGGGCCGGAGGUGGCUCUCAGGCUCGCCUCAUUCGUUUUUCUGGAGUCUCCAAGGGCACAGCAGGGCGGAUGGACACGUUCAGCACCAAGAGCCUGGCCCUGCAGGCGCAGAAGAAGCUGCUGGGCAAGAUGGCGUCCAAGGCCACGGUGGCCGUGUUCAUCGAUGACGCGAGCGGCGAGGUGCUGGACGAGCUGUACCGCGCCACCAAGGAGUUCACCCGCAGCCGCAAGGAGGCCCAGAGGAUGGUCAAGAACCUGGUCAAGGUGGCCGUGAAGCUGGGCGUCCUGCUCCGCGGCGGCCAGCUGGGCGGCGAGGAGCUGGCGCUGCUGCAGCGCUUCCGCCAGGGGGCGCGCCGCCUCGCCAUGACGGCCGUCAGUUUCCACCAGGUGGACUUCACCUUCGACCGGCGCGUGCUGGCCGCCGGCCUGCACGAGUGCCGGGACCUGCUGCACCAGGCCGUGGGCGCGCACCUGACCGCCAAGUCCCACGGCCGCAUCAACCACGUCUUCGGCCACUUGGCCGACUACGACUUCCUGGCCGCGCUCUACGGCCCCACCGAGCCCUACCGCUCGCACCUGCGCCGGAUCUGCGAGGGCCUCACCCGGAUGCUGGACGAGGACAGCCUAUGACCUCCGGCCCGGGGUUUCCUGAGGGGGGAGGGGGGGUGGGGGUCGUUCUGGAACCUCUUUUCUCCCGCCCGAUUCUGGCCAAAUCCCCGGGACAGGCGCCCGUCCCCCCCGAGAGGAUGCUGAUCCGCUGGAGGCCGCGGUUUUAAGGACUCUGGUCGCCUCUCCUCCCGCACCGUCUCAACAGCAGAAGAGCUCAGCCUGCGGGGGCGCGGCCUCCCCACGCACCCCGAGGCUGCUGCCCACCCAGGCCUGCCUGACCUGACCCCCGGCACCCCUACACUCCCUCGAUGCUUCUGGAGGCUGGCACCUGCCACCUCGUCA